UGCCGCCCGGCCUCGCCGCGCCUCAUCGCUGGCCCGAAGCCCCCUCCUCUCGGCGCUCCUCCGGGCUCCUGGCGGAGCUUCGCCUUGGGGCGCGGAGCACCGCAUCUUCGGGGUUCGCCGGAGCGGCCGUCGUAAAAGGAGCUUGUGGGGAGGAAGGAGUGCUCUGCCAUUGCACCUGUGUUCCUGUGAGCCCAGUGAGUCUCUGCAGGGUACUCGUCAGGAGAUGCUUUUUCUUAGAACUUCAGGCUGUAGAUGAUUCACCAAGAUGUUUGCAAAAGCAACAAGGAAUUUUGUGAGAGAAACAGACAGUGGAGGUGACUUGAUCCCUGUCUCCCACUUGAAUGCCUCAGACAAGCUGCAGCUUCUGAGCUUAGUUACAAAGAGGAAGAAAUUCUGGUGCUGGCAGAAGCCCAAGUAUCAUUUCUUGGCAGUCUCAUUGAGUGAUGUGCUUACUGAAGACAAACCUAUAAAACCAGUAAUUGUGGAAUCUGACUUUGCAAAAUACAAGGGAAAAUUUGAAGAUGUUGUCCAAGGAAGUAUUGAAACUUCAUUUGGAAAGAUCAGCCUGGGAGCUGGAGCAAAGGGCUGUGUGGAAAGCCAGUCCUCUUUUGGGAACCUGAGGAAACAGGAGGUUGACUUGCAGCAGCUUAUGAAGGACGUCAAGGACAGAAUGAUAAAUUUAAAUAGUAGUUUACUGCAACAAGUAAUAGAACGAAAACGUGAAGUACUGUGCAUCUUGAGGGAAAAGAUAAUAACAACACAAAGGUGUACCAUCUCUGAACAUAUCCAGACAGAAGAAAAAGUCAGCGGUCUGCUGGGUUGCAGUAUGAAGAUAAUACAGGUUUCAGUGAGUGACAGUGGAAGUAUGAUGAAGGAUUCCAGCGUGAUUCUCGAGAUUCCUCCUGCAACCACUAUUGCCUAUGGUGUAAUUGAACUGUUUAUAAAGUGUGAUGGGCAGUUUGAAUUCUGUCUGCUAGAUGAACAGCAAGGAGGUUUUGAAAGAGAAAGCUCAGAAGGUUCAACGUCACCCCACUCAGUGCUGUUCAGAGAUACUUCGUUCCUGUAUCACCCAGAUGCUGUUGAUAAUGGGAUGUACUCUGGGGCUGAAAAUCCCAUUCCCAGCCACGCUUCUUUAAGUGUGUUGAAAGAAGGUCUGUCACAGCUGAAGGCUCAGUUCCAACCCUUUGUGAAGCUGCCAGAAGACAAGCAAAGAGCUUUAUAUAAAAGUCUGUGUGAACUCUUGCUGCAUGAAGAAACAUUAACUGCCCUGGAAGAUGUUUUGGAUGCUCUCUGCACAGGAGACAAGCCAGACCUGAAGGAGUUAAAACCUGCGCUGCAGCAGGACCUGGCUGACUUCCUCCAGCUGGUGGGGUGCAGUGUACAGGAUGGGCUAUUGUUGCAGAACUAUCAGCUCCAAGAUGAAGAAGUGCUCUCAGCGGUUCAUCUCCUCAUCAGUGCUAUCUCUGAGCUGUCUGAUUACACUCUUGUCCUGCUGCGUGCCUGCUCUGAUCUACAGGUUGUUCCGGCAUUGUGUUGCUUGCCUUACAUCGCUUCAGCUGAUGGCACCUUGGCACUGAGCAGUCCUUUGGUGGCAACUCUCACUGACAGAGGAAGAUUUGAUGUCGUGCAAAGGCUUUUUGCUUCAACGAACAUUAAUUUGGAAAGGACAGAGUCUUCUGUAAAAGCUGUAACAAUGAGAGAACCUAGAUUCUUCCCUCUUGUUCUUUAUGUUGCACUGUACGGGCUUCACAGUUUGAGUGGGACUGUAGAGGAGCUUUUUUGAGCACUUACUGCCCUACCCUGUUCUUCCUUGUGUAGCUAUGCAGCGUAGCAUUGAUGCUUGUGAGCACGUGAGAGCCCUGGGGUUGAGUUCUCAGGCCAGUGAAGCCAGGUGGCACAGGGCAGCACAGGCAAGGAGUGAGCACACUGCUGCUCUGCAGCUCCACUAAGGUUUGUCUGCAAUGGAAAAUACAUAAAUAAGGGAUGCAGGGGAAGAAGAUAAGACAAGCCUGGAAGAGAAAUUGAACAUAGCUAUUCUGAUAGUUGUCAGAACUGUAGAGCAGUGGAAGCCUGAUUGCUUGCAUUAAUAUGCGUGGGAGAAAACUGCAAAGUACAAACUGCUUUUUGUAAGCAAGCAAGCAAAAAGGCUGUGGAAAUCUAGCAUUCUGCAAUGCAAUUACAUGCUUUGCUCACUUAAGACCUGAUGUGCAGAAUAUCUUCACUCUGGAGGACAUGAAGGGGAGAGCUCUGAAAGGUACUUCAUUAGGUUUUUCUUCAUCAAGUGUAGUUUGGCUUUAUGGAUGUGAGCUGCACACUGGAGGAAAUAAUGAACUCUUUUUUUCUUUUUUUCCAAAACUGAGACCACCUGAGGGAUUUCUACCUCUCUUUUCCAUUAAGUUUUUACUAAGCUUAGCAAGUUUCAGCUGCUUAGAUUGUAUUUUGAACUUUGUCUUUGAGAUAUGGUGAUGCCUUCUAGUAUGUGCAAACCAAAGUCCUUGCUGCGCUCCACAAAGCAGUCAUUUUACCCAUUUUCAGUGUUUUGCUUGUGUCUUUCACUAACAGCAGGGUUAAUGUAAAGCACUUUGUGCUUUGAACUGUUCUGCCUUUUUUUGAUCAUAAUUUUCUGUAAUCAUGGAGAUGGGAAGUGCAGGAGAGAUCACUGUAAAUACAGGAAGCUGUUCUAAUGAAGUGGGUUCUCAGUGCUUUUAGCCAGCACUGAGGGAUGGUUGACAGGUGACAACUGGGCACCUGGAAGGAGAGGUGCUCACACUGAGAUGGUGGUAUUUCAGUGUCUCGUUUGUAACGUGAGUGUAAAGUGAAGCUGGUGGUUUUGGCCUAAUGCUGCUGGUGUGUAUGGAAAUGUCCUGAGAGCACCUUACCCUGCUUGUGAGUUGUGUGUCUGUACAUGGGAAGGUUUGCUUUUGCUAACUACUCGUAGGCAAGUUGCCUCUGUAACUAUUUUAUCAAAAUUUUGUAUUUAAUGUCAUGUAUGUCAAAACAGUAGAAUAAUUUGAAAAAUCAAUUUGCGUGUUUUCCAUUCAUCUUUUUUCUGAUUCCAGUCCUUCUCUUGGCUUUGAAAAUCGUGCACACAGCAAGAAGAUGUGUGUGAAUCCAUGCAGUGCUGCUGUCCACAUAUCCUGAUUUUAUUCUUGUUGUAAGCCGUGUAUGUGCUGCACUUAACUGCUUUCAGGUUGGUGGGCUGUAUCGAACAUGAAUGAGGGGAUUUGUUUUCACGGGAAAAAGACCCCCAGGUAUUCUAUAGAGACUUAGUUAUAAAAAAGGAGGCAUUGAUUUUGCAUGGCAGCCACCAGGCGUGGGUCUGCCCUGUUAUGUGCUCUCUGUCCUUAAAGCAGCAUCUUGAUGCACAUGAACAUUCAAAAUAGCUCAAGCUGGGGAUACCUAAAUCCAAAGAGGCAGCAGAAGCAAUGAGUCUCUUUCCAUCUAACUUUUGUUCUGCCCUUCCCUAAGGUAAAUGAGGAGAGCGUCUUCAGAGACCCUGCCUGCACUGAUCCAAAUGAAUUCAGAUUCUACUCAGUGCAUCCUGGCUGAAGCAGUGAUUGCUUGUGACAGGCUGGCCUCGUACAGAAAGUGCUCCUUCAAGGUUAGAUGGGGCCUUCCCUAGAAAACAGAGGUGGUAAGAGGGCACUGGGGUCCUUCAGGAGAGGUUGGGGCUUCAUUUCACUCUCAGCCGUCUCUCCCAUGUUGCUUCCUGAUACACUUGCCUUCUACAGAAGGGGGAAGACCCCACACCUUUGCAUUUCAGAAUCAGAUCAGGAAAGGGAAGGUGAGGUCAGCCUUGCUGCCAGUAACAAGUGCUCGCCUUGCACCGGAUGCAGGCUUCAGCUGCCUGAGCUUUUAUGUAUGCUGGCGAAUUACAAUGUGAACGUAGGAGACUGACCCCCUUAAUAGGGUAGUGAUUAGAAAGUAAGCAGCCCUGCUUUAGCAAUGGCAUUUAUAGUUGAAGAGGAUGGUUGAAAAGGCCUGUAGUGCUCUGCAUAGGAUCUGAAAUGGGUGCAUUCAAAAGCCAAGAAGUCACGUUUCUGAACUGUGAUCAAUCCCUUUCUUUCAUGAGGGAAUCUCCAUCCUGUUUCACCCCCUUUAAAUUAGUUU